UAUCAUGAUCGCAACAAUAAACGAUAUCAGGCAGACUACUUAUAUAUGUCGCUGAUACAACUCGCGUCUUUAGGAAAAUUCAAAUUCGCGCGAAAAAUAAAAUCUUUUAGUGGCAUGCCCCUCACGGGAUUCUCCACCUUCAUCUAGAAGCACAAUGGCGUCAAAGCAUGACCCCGGCCUCAAUGUCAUUGCUUUAAUCUCUGGCGGCAAGGACUCGCUUUACUCUAUUUUGCACUGUAUACGAAAUGGACAUCGCGUCGUUGCCCUGGCAAACUUGCACCCGGCUGUCCCCGAGACACCGCAGCAUCAAGAGGAAGAUAUAGACAGUUUCAUGUAUCAAACAAUUGGACACAACAUCAUCCCCUUCUACGAAUCCGCACUACAAAUCCCCUUAUAUCGCGCCUCUAUUACCGGCAACGCAGUGGAUACUUCUAGAAUAUAUGGCAAUUCGGGCGACACUGGUACUGCUGACCAAGACGAGACUGAGUCGCUUGUCCCUCUUCUGAACCGCAUCAAACGGGAUCUGCCACAUGCGAAUGCAGUGUCAGCUGGUGCUAUCUUGUCGACGUACCAGCGAACCAGAAUUGAGAAUGUCGCGGGGAGGCUGGCUCUAGUCCCUCUCGCGUGGUUGUGGAUGUAUCCUGAACUGCCUCCUCCAGACGAAAGAAAGGAUAUUCCUACGAGGACUGGGCUUCUAGACGAUAUGGCGGCUGUGGGGUGUGAGGCUAGGAUUAUCAAGGUUGCUUCUGGGGGUCUUGAUGCAGAGACACUCUGGGAGAAUGUGUCUGCGGAGAAUAGCCUCGUGAGGAAGCGCAUUGAAAAGGCUAUGAAGCGUUUCGCGGCGAAUGAUUUGGAGGCUGCUGUUCUAGGGGAGGGUGGCGAGUAUGAGACUCUGGCUCUUGAUGGGCCAGCGUUUCUCUGGAAGAAGAGGAUUGUUGUUGAGGAGUCGGAUAGACAGGUACGCUCGGCGGGUGGUGGCGUGAGCUACACUACGAUACGGAAUGCGAGAUGUAUGACAAAGGAGACGGGGUUGUCGGUGGUCGAACCAAAGGAUAUUCGAAAACCAGCGCGGUUAGAUGGGUUGUUUUCGCAAGCCUUGCUGGAUUUGCAUGCAGAUACAGAACUGAGACCGCUGGACGGUUCAGGACAAUUGGAAAGCGCGGGUUACUCUACAUCUGAUAUAGAGCUAUGUCAAGCCUACGACGCAAAUUUGUGGAUGGUUUCUAAUAUUACUGCCCCAGAGGCUGGACCUGAAGCUGGCGCGCAGAUGCAUGGGAUAUCGAGAAAAUUGGAAGAUAUACUCUCGCAAGGCGUACCCUCAUGCGCAUCUGGUACGGAUGAUAUUGUGUUUGCAACGGUAUUACUCCGGUCAAUGAAAGAUUUUACGCCUAUGAACGAUGUUUAUGUCUCUCUUUUCACCAAACCGAAUCCGCCAGCCAGAGUCACAGUGGCUUGUGGAGAUUGUCUUCCUAAGGGGGUCGAAAUCAUGGUCUCAUUUGUCAUUGGCCUUGGUCCACGCGGCUUGAGGAAAGGCCUUCAUGUACAAUCCCGGUCGUACUGGGCCCCAGCAAACAUCGGACCAUACUCACAAGCCAUCACCGUGCCAUGUACAUCGAGUUCUGCGGUUGAGCAUACUGGCGGCCUGGUUUUCAUCGCUGGCCAGAUUCCGCUAGACCCACCAACCAUGGAGAUCCCCGACGGUGUUUUGCAGGAUGAGGAGCAUUGGUAUCCGAAUUUUAGUCUACAUGCAACACUGUCUUUACAACAUCUCUGGAGAAUUGGCCUUGCAACACAGGUCAAUUGGUGGCUAGGCGGGAUUGUGUUCUUGGCCAGGGACGCGCAGCGUGUGCAAUCAAAGGCACGAAUAGCUCACCGCCUGUGGCAAGCACUGAAUAAACAAAGUACCAAACAAGAAGACGACGAAGACAACGAUUUGGAUGUGUGGGAUAUCAAGCAUGGACUUCGGGACGACCCUAGACUGGCAACCCAGCACACUCAGCGUCUGCCAAACUUCGACACGGUGGAUGGCAAGCCUCUCAUUCCGCCUGUAUUUACCGUGGAAGUAGAGGAGCUUCCUCGCGGGAGCGACAUCGAGUGGCAAGCCCUCGGUACGACAUGUAGUCGUAUCACUACUCCGAUCGUUACACGCACCGCAGAUCCCGAUACAAGAAUAUGGUGCACGAGAAUAAAUAACAAUGCUGUGUCCUACACAAUUGAGAUUGGAGCAAGCAGUGACCGAGACACGGUUUUGGACGAUCGGCUUGAUGCACUGAUGUCUGACUUGCAGUGUGAUUUGGAGACGCCGCAUCCGACGAUCUAUACAGCCGCAUCUGUUUCUAUGCGGCGGUUGAAGGGCCAGAUUGUUCCUUGUAGGUCUGUCUGGGGGGACGAUGGACUGGAAAAGGUAGCUGUGGUCAUCAUGCGAUGUAUGUGUAGCACUGCAUGAUUCUACGUUUACCAUGGUCUUUGAAUGAUUGUAAUGAUUGUUGCUUUACCUGAUACAGCCGGUAUAAUGUAAAUAGAAUGACAAAAUAUACGUUAACACAAAGCCCUCGCUUAUAUGCUUUGGUUUUAAUCCAUAGAAAGAACAUACAUAUAAUUGAUGUUUGUAGAGGGUGAUAUGGGAUCAAAUAGCUUCAAUGACGUUGGAUACGGGGGGAGAGCGCCGGCUGAUAAGUACUUGGAAUUUGAGAAAAAGGAAUAAAGAUCACCAUGAUGAUUUAAUAUUUUAUACUAAAUAAUUGCUGAAUGUAAAAGGAAGUGUGCAAGCGAGAAUUGGU